UACCAUCGAAGAAGAAGUUUCCUUCCUUGUUCUUGGACAAAAAACAAAACAAAGAAAAUGUUACCCUUCUGUUUUAGUGUGGCAUAUUUCUGAAUUGCGGCAACAUGCCUCAAUCGUAAACAGUAUUCUUGCAUGCUGUGUAUGAUAGUGUAAGGACAUUUUCACCUGAGAAUUGUAAGAUUUGAAGAGCUCGUGAAUUGCUGGAACAUUUAUCAUUUAAACAACACUAACCAAGUUCAUCUGGUUGUACACUACCAAUCUCGAAUCUUCAUUCAUCUGAACGUGUGACAAGAAAGCAAGAUGCAUAGAAGGGGGGUUGGCGCUGGGGCUAUUGCCAAAAAGAAGCUCGCAGAGGCAAGGUACAAGGAAAGGGGGAACGUUCUCGCUGAAGAUCAAAUAGUUCAGAUGUCCAAACAGAUCGAGACCUUUAAGUCUCACCUGGAGGAGUUUGCCAGCAAACAUAAACAAGAAAUACGAAAGAAUUCCCAAUUCCGAGUCCAAUUUCAGGAAAUGUGUGCCGCCAUUGGCGUCGAUCCACUUGCCUCUGGAAAGGGGUUCUGGUCCGAGAUGCUUGGUGUGGGCGACUUCUAUUAUGAGCUGGGAGUACAGAUCAUUGAAGUGUGUCUCGCUCUAAAGCACAGAAACGGGGGGCUCAUUACGUUGGAUGAGCUCCACCAGAGAGUGUUGAAAGGACGGGGUAAAUACGCCCAGGAUGUGAGCCAGGAUGAUCUGGUGCGGGCCAUAAAGAAGCUGAAAGCCAUGGGCAACGGUUUCGGCAUGAUCCCGGUGGGAGGUUCGUACCUGGUGCAGUCGGUUCCUGCGGAGCUCAACAUGGAUCACACGGUGGUUCUGCAGCUGGCCGAGAAGAAAGGCUACGUGACCGUGAGCGAGAUCAAGGAGCACCUGAAAUGGGAGAGGGAGCGCUCUUGCCACGUCCUGGACCACCUGCUGAAGGAGGGACUCGCUUGGCUGGACUCACAGGCCGCUGGGGAACCCCAGUACUGGCUUCCAGCCCUGUUCUCUGAGAUUAGCUCCCGUGAUGUCACACCCGACGAAGCCAAUCAAAUGACACCUUGAGGAUUUAUUUUUAAUAAAUAUUUUAUAUAUGGGCCGUUGGUAUUGGUUAAUCUUGGAGAGGCUUGCUGACAUUUGGCGGACUAGCCGUUGUUUGUUGGGGUUGCAAUUGUUGCUCAAUUCAAUGCGCAGAGGGAAGCCUUUCUCUGGGCAUACUGCAUUUGGGGCCCUUAUUUCCUAAUUGUAUAACCUGAGAAAAUUUCUUGCUGGUCACUAUUAAAGAGGAAUGGGUUUAUUUUAAUUAAGUAUAUGGUGUGCAUUCAAUAUUAUUAACCAUGGUCAUACCUGUUGGAACUGCAACAUAACUGAAACAUACAAGGUAACAUCUUAAAGGAAUCCUGUGGAUCCCGCGUGCAAGAUUUUUUAGUUUAUUUAGUUUAUUCUUCUAAACUAGACGUUACAAUAUAUCACCGUGAUUGGGCAAUCACACACAUUGUUUAAUUCGUUUUUCUCCUAAGCAACAGUAUAAUAUUGUUAUUAAGUGCAUAAGGUUUUACAGUUGACUUCAUCUAAGAAGUUAGUUAAAUUAAUUCCAGCUUAAUAAGAAAAAUAAAGCCAUUUCCUAAUCGAAAUGCAAUGGAUUUUCCUGUGCAAAGUAAGGCAGAUAAGACACAUUUUGGUGGAUUCUAUUUGGAUUAUAUCUCGUGGCUGUAGACGUGAUCUUCGAACUCAGCCUGUCCCAUGUCAUCGCAGAUGAGCGUGCAGAACGGACACACCCUGUGGCUCUGCUCAUGCUGCUCUAGCUCCUCCAGUGUGAUGCCAGGGAAGCUCAUGUGGCAGCUACGACACACCUUUCUCUACGCACAGGGAAAUUGAGAAGCAGAAGCACUAGGAUUAAUGAGAUGUAACUGAAUAAGGGUGCAGGAUUAAGAAAGCCUCGAAGAUGUCAGCAAAGAGCCUCUAUGACUUCUUCGCUCCGUGGUGUCUUGAGUGUUCAGGAUGUUACCCAUGCCUUCCAGUAUGUAUUGUUGAGCGAGUUACCUUACCCCAACCUGCUCCUUCAUGAUUAAAGUAUAGUAAGGGUUAUCAUGCUCCAUGGUGUCAUGAUUUGGAGAAGGAGAAUAAAAGGGUGCGUUCCCCAGUGAAUGCCUCCCGGUAUGUACGGUUGAGCCAGUUACCCUACCCUCCCCUACACCAUUUUACACAGGGUGCUCACAUGAUGCGACGGUCCGUUACUUCUGUUUGAAUUUGCUUACGAAUAUGUUAGCCCUAGAUUAAUUGUUAUGCCGAUACUGCCAUAAACAAACAAAUACAUGAAUUACCUGAAUGCUAUCUUUUAACAUUUGAGCUGUCUCAAAUGCCUUUUAGUCAAACAUAACAGAGCCAUUAAGUCAGCAAGUGCAUCAUUUACAUACCGUUUCCUGUGUGUUCGGGCCCCU